CUAUCUUCGCCGAUCUCCUUGCACACCAGCCGCACCUCCAUGGCCAGAGCUGCUCAGGCCUCAAGAACUCAUGACUUUUGGAAAGGCACGGCCUUGGGGAUUUCAUGGCCUCAGGAAUCCACGGACGCGGGAGGCCUUGGGAACUUAUUUCGCUCCAUCCCGAGAACCUCUCGGCUUGGUCUUGGGGAUUCAUCCUCGAUCUCUUCACGCUAUUUUUCUCCGCGGCUCCUUGCCGAAGGCUCGGUUCGAAUAUUGGAAAUCCAUUCCCAAUGUCCUCUCACGGCUCCUCCGCAGCUCCACGCCCACGCCGAGAGCUAGCACCCUGCCUUGAACAAUAUGCACGGGCUCUGCUGGAUGGCUUUCAGAAUGUGCCGUUUUCUUCUGGCCUUCUGACGUAGAGCUCGCCGUCUACUCGAGGAUAGUCGUAUGGAGAAGCUCCGACCACUUUUUCUGUUCGUUCGGCCUUCAACGGAAGCAUGUCGUCGCUCGGCGGCUGCGGUUACGGCCGGAAAUCCAAGUGCAUCGGAGGGUACCGCGCUUGACUGGUAAACGUCCGGUUCGUCAUCAUGGCGGGCGGCGGCCGUUGUCGCCUGCUGUCGCUCCCGGACAAGCUCCUCAGCGCCAUCCUCUGCCGCGUCCUCCACCCACUAGAUCGCUUUAGCGUCUCGCACACCUGCAAACGCCUGCACGGCCUCUUGCGCGGUACACCCUACGCGCUGCGUCUCGAGCUCCUUUGGUCGAGAAGACCCAACACCACAAUCCGUGACUGGUUACAAGAAUUGAGCGACUUUUCACUGGUGUUCUCCUGCAUCACCAUGUUAGUCGUGGAUAUCAACGUCGACAUGGGGAACGAGCUGCUGGCGGGAAUCGGCUCGAGCUGCCCGAAGCUGGAGCAGCUGAAGCUUGCGGUGGUGCAAGGGAUCUUUAACACGACGCCUGCUGCGUGGAGGACGCUCGCAAAGAAUUGCCCGCUCUUGAAUAAGCUCGAGUUGGACGAUCCAUUCGCGCGCCCUACAGAUGAGUCUUCCAGCGAGCCCAGGCACUUCCCUUUCGACGCCGUUCCGGCGCUGCAGACCCUGAAUCUCCUCUUUCCAGCGGAGGACGUCCCGUCCCUCCCUCGCUGCUCCGCCCUCACCUCCCUCAUUAUCCGGAAGCCUUCGAGAACCACCCUCUUCUCCCUCGCCUCCUCCUCCUCUGCUGCUCGUAUCUCGCUCCAGUACCUUUGCGUCAUUAGUGCCGGCCUUAUUGGUUCCCUCGCAUGCUUCUCAUGCUUCCCCAACCUCACCGAACUCGCCUUUAACGCGUGCAUAUUCAACCCAAGCGAGGUGAUUGCCCUAUCGCGCUCCAUCACCACUCUCACCCGUCUCGCAGCCGCUGACUGCCCUUCGGUGUGCAGCCGUAUAGUGGCAGCGAUUGUUCAGUCCAACCCCGGCCUCUCCCUUCUCGAGCUCGCCAGCAGCUCCUACCACCUCUUCAGCCCUAGGGGGCUCUCAACCAUGCUCCAAUCGUCACGCCCCAAGCUCCAGACGCUCAUAUUGGUUCGCCUGCCAUCGUUCCGCCCCGGCAUGCUUGCCGACUGCAGCAGCCUGCGGUGUCUGACUGUACAAAUGGGAGAAGGUUCGCUGGAAGGGCUGGUGGGCAUGCUGGUGAGGGUGGAAGAGAAGGGAGCGGAGGAAGGGAGGAAAGAGGAGUAUUCUGUGACCCCACCAUCGGCUGUAUCUUCAAUUGGAGGAAAUUUGAUGGGUGGGAGGCGACAGUAUGUGGAUAUUCGUACAGCAGCAGCAGCGGCACAUGCUGAUCGAGUUUCUUCAUUCAACGAUGCCGUCAGUCUAAUAGACAGAGCGAAGGAGGGCUUGGAAGUUAUCUGUUUCGAGGCCGACAAUGCUCGUGAGUCUGAUUCCGAACACAAGAUCAGGCGAGCGAUUGCAGGCGCCGGGCUUGUGGGCUCACUCUGCAAGUCGGCGUAUCUGGGGAUUUGUGAUGCCAACGAGGCCAGAGCGAGGGAGAUUCUUAUGAAGAGGAAAUUCGCUGCAGCCCAGGGUUUGGGGUUUUUUCACUGUGGAGUCCAGCGGAGGCGACACAGAGGACGAAGAUCUUGCUCGUGAAAAUGUGCUUGCGAUUCCGGCUGCUGCAGCGCUUGAUGCACGUGAACUGCUGCUGCCAGUACCUGCUGUUGCAGCUCUUGGUGCUGUCCAAGACCCAUGGUUUGGGCGAUCUGGUGUGCGGGAAUCCCGUGCGGAAUUGCUUGGGGUGUUGGAAUCUCGCAUGCAGCAGCUUGAGUCGAAUGCCUCUGCUAUGCAUGCUCUGGAAUCCACUCUCGUGCCAGACAUCCCUCACCUUCUUUCAGGUGAAGUUCCAACAGUGGUUGAUGCGCCAGCAGCGGUUGAUGCACCAGCAGCGGUUGAUGCGCCAGCAGUGGUUGAUGCGCCAGCAGCGGUUGAUGCGCCAGCAGUGGUUGAUGCACCAGCAGCGGUUGAUGCACCAGCAGCGGUUGAUGCACCAGCAGCGGUUGAUGCACCAGCAGCGGUUGAUGCGCCAGCAGCGGUUGAUGCACCAGCAGCGGUUGGGGUGCCACCUGGAAUUUUAGCACCAAUGCAACCCGGGGAGAGGAUGGGACUGGAGGAAGGACAGAAAGAGGAUUCUGAAGAGGAGAUGUUGAGGACCGAAUCAGAAACGCCUGUGGAAGUAUUCUGCCCGUGCCUGGAUUCGCUGACCCUGGAGAAAAUCCAAUUCGUGCCUACUCCUCAGCCUACUUGGCUGCCACCAAACGUUCCUUCCAUGUAUCUUGGCCCUCCUGCCCCUGCUUCCAUGCCGGGUCGCUCGUCCGCCCAUCCUUCCACCCAUCCCUUCUUCAGUUCGAAGGUACAGCACUCGUUUUAGAGCAUUGCGCGGGCGGCGGUGUUUGGGCAGCUUAAGCGGCUGGCGCUGGUGCGGUGCGGAGGGGUGGGGGAGGAGCAGCUGAAGGGGGUGCUGCAUGCAUGCCAGUGGCUGGUGGAGCUGAGGGUGGAGCACAGCGAGUCCAUGUCCGACGCACUGCUGCUCGCAACCACGCUGGAGAGGCUCUCUGAGUUUACUCUCAUCGCAUGCAAUCGAGUCACUGCUGCUGGCAUCAGUGGGAUGCUUGGGCGAUUCCCAAGCCUGAGGCAUCUGGAGGUGGAAGCGGACAAGGUUCCUGAAAGGACUCGGAGGGACUUGCUUCAUGCUGGUGUGGUUGUGAGGGGGGUGUGGGUUUGAAGCUGGCAUAACAAGUUUUUUUUUUUUUUUUUCCAAGAUGUACGACUGUAGUAGUCUGAUGAGAACGUUGACCCUACGGUAGGCAUAAGUGAUGCAGCAAUGGAGAAUACAGUAGUUUUUACAGGUAGGGAGGGUGGAUGCAGAAUGUACUUCAAUGCAGUGCAGCAUAAAAGAGUAAUAAUUUG